AUGGCCACGAUAAAAUACAUCGGGCGGACGACGGAUUUCCGCGGUAAAACAUUAUGGGAAAUAGUGGGAAACCUUAAGAAUUUUGGUGUGGGACGGAUUGUAGUGCGGAGCAUGUUUGAACGCUAUCCGGAACCCAGUUUUAUGAAGAUAGUCAAAGUUGAAGCCUUGCCGAAUGAGGAACCCGAGCGAAAGGUGCGCGUUACCGUGGAAAAGACGUUUCGCGGCCAAAAGAGUCCCAACUUGGUGCAGAUUGAAAGUGUCUCAUACAAAGCCGACUACCGGUUACUAUCAAAGCACGAAGAGGCUUCUUACUGCAAGUUCGCUGAGCGCCAGGAAAAAAUUUUUCCGCGAGAAAUUGAACUACCACCACUGUUGAAAGAAUUUGUUCUACGCGAAACUGGCAAACCUGCGCCGAAAGUACCGAUAACGCUAAAAGUAGGCCGUGAAAGCCGGUACCGCGUGGCGGAAGAAGGAGAGAAACCAACAAUAGAAAUUACGAUGGGUAUCGGUAAACCAGCGAGUCCCAGUUUAUAUGCCAAUUGUGAAUUGUAA